AUGCCGUUUAAGAAAUUUUUUACUUCAUCAUCUUCAUCUUCAUCUUCAUUAGUUGAUGAUCAAUCUAAGAAAUCAAAUAAUGAACAACAACAAGUACAUCAUCAACAUCAACAACAUCAACAACAUCAACAACAGCCGCAACACCCACAAAGUCAAUCACAGCCUCAUAGAUCAUUAUUAAAUCAAAGGAAUAAUAGAUCAAGUUCUCCACUUUCAACUACAAGUUCAAUAAAUUCCACAAGAAUUGUAAAUCCAAAUCAACAACAGAAAAAUGGUACAUCAAAUUCACAAAAUUAUGUAAAUAGUAAUAAUAAUAAUCAUAAUAAUUUAGCUGGAAUAAAUAAUCAACAUUCAUCAUCUAAACAAAGUUUAAAUCAUUAUAAUAGCAAUAAUAAUAAUCAUCAACAACAAUAUAAUAAUGGAGGUAGUUCAACCACAUUAAAUAAUAAUUAUUCACCAUCUUCUUCAAGUUCAGAUAUGUCUAAAGAUUCAAAUAUAAAUGGAAAUAAUCAUCAUCAUUUAUCAUUAAAGAGAUUUUUAAAAAAAUUCAAGAAUAAUAAUAAUGAUAGUUCAGAUAGUUUAUCAUCUCAUAAACAUAAACCAACUUCUAAAAUUGGUAAACCUGACCCCAUUCAUCCAACUGCUGAUUUGUUUAAAAAAUAUGGUACACCUGGUAAAUUAUUAGGUACAGGAGCAAGUGGAUCAGUUAAUUUAUUAACUUCUAAAAAUGAUCCUAACAAAAUAUAUGCUGUUAAAAAAUUUAGAAGUAGAUUACCAGCAGAACAAGAAAGUGAUUAUCAAACAAAAGUUCAAAAUGAAUAUAAAGUGGGGGAAUACUUAGUUCAUCAAAAUAUUAUACAUACAUUUGAAUUAAUCAAAGAUUAUUCAAUAACAAACAAAUAUAUAAAAGAUCCUGAUUAUUAUAUAGUUAUGGAAUAUUGUUCAUAUGAUUUUUUCAAUUUGGUAAUGUCAGGAUUAAUGAAUACAAAUGAAAUAUUUUGUUAUUUCAAACAAAUUAUAAAUGGUGUUCAUUUUUUACAUGAAAAUGGUUUAGCUCAUAGAGAUUUAAAAUUAGAUAAUUGUGUUGUUAACAAUAAUGGUAUAUUAAAAUUAAUUGAUUUUGGAUCAGCUGUACAAUUUAGAAAAGAAGUUCCUAAUGGUUAUUAUAUUACAGAAAAUGAUAUAAUGUUAAGUCCAAAACAUAAAUUAAUUAGAGCAAGAGGUGUUGUUGGAUCAGAUCCUUAUUUAUCACCAGAAGUUUUUGAACCUUUAGGUGUUGGGUAUGAUCCAAGAGUUGCUGAUGUUUGGUCCAUAGCUAUAAUAUAUUGUUGUAUGAUUUUGAAAAGGUUUCCAUGGAAAUUACCAAAAUUAAGUGAUCCAUCAUAUAGGUCAUUUGUUGGCCCUCAAUUAAAUCCAGGUAAUAAUGUUGAAGAUGAUAUGAAUAAUCUAACAAUAGAUUCAAGACAUGCUCAUCAUCCCGUAACAGUUGGACCAGAAAAAUUAUUAAGAUUAUUACCAGCAGAUUCAAGAUCAUUAAUUAAAAAUAUGUUAAUAUUAGAUCCCAAAAGAAGAUAUCUUAUGUCUGAUGUAUCUAAUGAUCCAUUUAUUCAAAGUAUUAGUGAAUGUAAAGUUAUUGGUGAAAAAAAUGUUGAUGAACAUACUAUAAAAUCUGAAAAUCAUGAACAUCAUUUAAUUACUGAAGAUGAUUUAAAAAAAAUUACUGCGGAAAGAGAAAGAGCUAAAAGAUUAAAAGAAGCAGGGAUGACUUAA